UUUUCUUCAACAAAUAACAGCAACAACUCCAACUCCACAAAGCAACAACGACAAGCUAUGAACCGACCCGUCGAUCAUCGGCAAACCCGUCCGAUAAUCGGCGAACUCGACCGAAUCAGCAACAACAAGGAAAACAGCAGCAAAAACCCGAUAACCGACCCAGCUCAGCCAACAUUUAAAAUCGUUCAAAUCUUAUCCAAUUUUGAAUUUGAAAUUCAAAUUGGUACUAACAUAGUACCGUUUCCAGUUCAUUCCUUUAUCCUUUUUCAAAUUUCGAAUUCACCCCAUUAAAAUUCUCCUAAUUACCCCUGAAAAUUCUUUGUCCCACAUCGGUGAAAGCUAAAAUUCACCCCCAUUUUAUUCUCUAUAAAUAGCUCACUUUGGAGCAAAUUUUAACCAAGUCUUAGAAGGGGGUGAAAACUAUUUUGAGCAAAAACCAGUUCAUUUUUCGUUUUGAGCAUAAGUUUUUCUUCUUCCCGAGAAAGUUGACGACUGCUCGGAGCUUUCGGAGUCGCGAAAAAAUCCUCCCGUGGUGGUCGAGAUCCCGGCGUCAGUUCGGAAUCUUGUUUUGCUGCUCCAAAGCAGAUGGAAUCCUGUGAAUCAAAGCAGUCCUCAAGUUUCAGGUUAAAAUGCUUUAGUUGAACUUGUAGUCUGGAGUCCCCAAUUCACAGCUGGACCAGAACUAUGUUUGCUACUUGUGGUGCCGAUCAGUUCUCCAAAAAGUUUCAGCUUUUUCUUGGUUUUCAUCUCAAGAGAUCUUCUUGGUUUAGUACAACUAUAAUUAAUCAUGCACAUUCCUUUACGCAAUCCCAACAGAGGAGAACAGUACGAAAAGUUAAUCGACUGGCGAGCAAGUCUACCAAAUCUGUUCAGAAGCAAGACAUAGAUCUCCCUAAAGUUUUCAUGAGGGAUGCAAUUACAAGAAUAUCUCAUACACUGAGAUCUUCAACUUGGGAUUCUGCUCAGGACCAGUUGAUAAAACUUCCCAUAAAAUGGGAUUCCUACACAGUCAAUCAAGUUCUCAAGACUCAUCCUCCUAUGGAGAAAGCCUGGUUGUUUUUCAAUUGGGCCUCUAAAUUGAAAAACUUUAAGCAUGACCAGUUUACCUACACGACUAUGUUGGAUAUAUUUGGGGAAGCUGGGAGGAUUUCAUCCAUGAAAUAUGUCUUCCAGCAGAUGCAAGAUAAAGGAAUCAAGAUAGAUGCAGUUACCUAUACAUCCCUUAUUCACUGGAUCUCCGACCAUGGGGACAUUAAUGAGUCGAUUAAAUUGUGGCAGGAUAUGAAAGAUAAAGGAUUUGUUCCCAAUGUUGUUUGCUACACUGCAUACAUGAAAUGUUUGUUUGAUCAUAAUCGAGUUAAGGAAGGAGCCAAGAUAUACAAGGAGAUGCUUCAAUCUGGUUGUUCUCCCAACUGCCACACAUACACUGUCCUUAUGGAGCAUCUUGCUAGUUCUGGAAAAUUUGAUGGAGUUCUCGAGAUUUUCAGUAAAAUGCAAGAUGCAGGGGUCCAACCAGAUAAAGCUUCAUGCAACAUUUUAGUGGAAAAAUGCUGUAAGGCCGGGGAAACACAAGCAAUGAUGAAAAUUCUUCAGUACAUGAAGAAGAAUUUUCUUGUUCUGCGUUAUUCUGUCUAUCAAGAGGCUUCCCACGCGUUGAAGAUGGCCGGGGUGAGUGAUCGGCUACUUAGGGAUGUUAACCGUCAUCUGUCCUUACAAAAUUUGAACCAAGAUUCGAUUGACGAAUCAGAUGGAAUUGCUGAAAGUAGUUGCUUUACUUUGGAUGAUAGGUUGAUUUUGUACUUGUUGAAUAAAAAAAGUCUUCUUGCUGUUGAUUACCUACUAGAUAGCUUGAUGAAUAAGUGUCUCAAAUUGGAUCCUCGAAUAGUGACAACCGUAGUUGAGGUAAACUGUAACUGUGGUAGAGUAAAUGGUGCUUUUUUGGCCUUCGAAUUCAGUGUGAAACUGGGAAUAACCAUUGAAAGAACUACGUAUCUUACCAUGGUGGGCGAACUUAUUAGAACAAAUUCAUUUUCAAGGGCCGUGGACAUUGUUGAAGCAAUGGUUGGGGCAGGCCUGUCAUUAGGGUCCGAACUAACUGCACUUCUGAUACAUCGACUUGGCUGUGCUAGACAGCUUGCUUCUGCUGAAAAGUUAUUUAGCAUCUUACCUGAUCAGCAGAAGAGUACUGCUGUGUAUACUGCUUUAAUAAACACCUACUUCACCUUUGGGAAUGUUGAUAAAGGGCUUGAAAUAUUUGAGACCAUGAGAAAGCAAGGGAUAAAUGUGGCAUUAAGUACUUGCAGUGUCCUAUUGAAUGGUCUUGAAAGAAAUGGCUUAUUUGAUAAAUUACAAUCUUAUAGGAAAGAAAAGAAGAGAUUUCAAUCUGAAAGCUGUGGUGGGAAAAUGUCAAUGGAGGAAACAUUGUGUGAUCUUCUUUUUGCUGGAAAUUUUGACAGUUGAGGACAGUUUUCAUGAUUUUUUUGGAGUAUUUGGUGUACAAAUUAGCUGUUGGUUCGUAGCUUGAGUUGUACUGGAUUUACAGAAGUUGGCAAAUACAGAAAUAGCUUGUGCUGUCUAUCGUGUGUCGGAAUUUACAGAAAUGGGGUAUUCUCAACAGAGCAUGCAGGAGACAUAUACCUUCUAGAUCCACUUACUGAAAUAAAAUUGGGGAUGGAUAAUCUCGUAUGGAUCACAUUAAAAUGAUGGGUCAAAUGGGGCUUGACAGCUUAAUUAUUCUCCUGCAACAUUAUGGCCUUAAAAAGGUUUAUUUCCUAACUCUACUUCUUGAAUGAUGCCUACAAAGUCUCACAGUUGGAAAUAUGAUGGAAAUAAGUAUGAACUGCUGAACCUUGAUCACUAAACUUUUUCAUUGUUCCUCCCCUUUCAUCCAGAAAACCUUAUAAAGGGAAAAAAGUUUCUAUGCCUUUCAUUUAGAAGAACAUAUUUUGGAGUUCGGAUCUUCUUAUAUCGCCCAAGUUGCGUGCUUAAUUAAAGUAAAAGACUUGUGGUCAUUUGUAAUUUAGAUUAGACUAAUCUGCAGGUAUGGCAUUCUAAGCUCUUCUUAAACUUAACCCAUGUUA